ACUUGUGACACUAUGCACACGUUGAUUGGCUGGAACCCUUAUUCUGAAUGGUAGGUGGAAAUGUCACUCAAAUGUGGUGGGACGUCCUCUAGGAAGUAGGAAAACGGCGCGUGCUUUACAAGAAUCGAAGAGGCUAGCUUUUCGGUGGAUUUGUUUGUAGCAUUCCAGUUGAUGUACGAGAAGUAAAAAAGAAUAUGAAUGGUGUGGUUAUACCCCGGACCCCUAUAGCAGUGGAUUUUUGGCAGGUUCGGAAAUGCAGUCAAGUACGCUUAUUUUUCCUUUCUCAUAUGCACUCAGACCACACAGUUGGCCUGACUUCUACUUGGAGCAACAGGCCAAUCUAUUGCUCUCUCUUGACUGCAAAGCUGCUUCAUCAGAAGUUGCAGGUAAAAGAGAAGUGGAUCUACCCUUUAGAAGAGGGCAGGGCUCAUAUGCUACCCCUUGAUGAAGUGGGCAAAGAAACUGUUACCGUGACUUUGAUUGAUGCCAAUCACUGCCCUGGAUCUGUCAUGUUUCUUUUUGAAGGAUACUUUGGCACUAUUCUAUUUACAGGUGAUUUCCGUUAUACUCCCACAAUGCUGCAAGAGCCCCGCCUUAGCAGUUCUACUCAGAUUGAUGUGCUCUACUUGGACAAUACCAACCUCAGUUCAUCUUGUGCCAUUCCAUCCCGCCAGGAAGCUACAAAGCAGAUUAAAGAUAUAAUACGCAUGCACCCAGAACACGAUAUUAUUAUUGGACUUUACAAGCUUGGUAAGGAAUGUCUGGUUGUGGAGCUGGCGGUCGAGUUUCAGACUUGGGUGGUUGUUACUCGGGAACGCAUGGAAACUUUGCGCAUUUUGGAACUCCCUGAUGUGUUCACCACUGAACUGGGGGCUGGAAGGAUACGAGUGGUAGAACAGAAUGAGAUUACCCCACUGGCCCUAACCAGGUGGAAUAAACAACAUCCAACUGUGGCUAUUGUGCCCACCAGUCGCCCCCUAAAUAAAGCCCACGGCAGCCUUUAUGUGGUGCCUUACUCAGAUCACUCAUCUUCUGACGAAAUUAUGGAGUUUGUGUCCUAUAUGAAACCACUAUCCAUUAUUCCAAUUGUCCGGCCCCGGGAUUUCAGUUUGCCCUCAUCAUGGAAAGUAGGCGAAAUUAAGAAAAUGGAAGUUCCAGAAUCUGUUCAACUCUUUAUGAAAGAACCUCAUAAACUGAAAACCCCAGAAAAGCAAAAGCGUUUUUCUGGUAGGUCAAGGGUCCCAAAGGGUGUAGUGUUUGAUUCACCUAUUCGUAAUGCUGAACCUUCUAAACCUACAGACCUGGCUGAGUUAAACAGCUCAGAACUUGAACAAAGCCCAUGUGUUAAUAAAAGUGGACAGGCCGAGAGAGACUAUUCUUUAAGUCCAAAUCUAUGUCUGAAGCAAAAAACACUUUGGGAUAUAUGGUCAAGAAAGGAUCAUAAAACAGGAAAUUUAAUUUUGGAAAAUGAAAAGAUCAGAAGCAUUUCAGCGGGCUCAACUGAAUUACUUGCGAAAGACAAGCGUCCUGCAGAUCUUGUUGGGUUUGACUCUGAAUUACUCAACCCAAAUUCUGUAUUAACAGAAACUAAAAACCGCAGCAGUUGUGGUGAGGAUGUGAUGGACACUUUAUCUCAGCAACCACAGAUAUUAGAGAAGAGUGAAUGCAUUGGCCCAGCAAAUUUUAGCGUUUAUGCCACACAUCAACAAAACAAUAAUGACAGCAUCCAUACUAAAGUGAUUGAUCAUUCCAUUGCAAAUUCAGUGUCUUCAGGAAUGUCAGGAGUUGAGAUGGAGUGCACCCCUUUUGAAAGGACUGCGUCUACUGGCUUUCCACCAUGUCUUCAGAGUAGUUCCACAGAUUUUGGAGGGCAGGUAAUAAGUGACUGGACAUCUUGCAACACACCAAUAAACUCCAGCAGAGAUCUGGCUGCAAAAUACUGUCUUGUACCACUGGAAAAUAUAAAGCAAAAGUUGUCAUUUGAUGAAGUUGUUCAGAGGUAUCAUCAUAAAAACGAUCUGUAGUUUUACGUGCUACAAAAAUGUGUCUUAUUUGUCUGUGUGUUGGUGUAUCUCUUCAGUGUUUUUAAGACAAUGUCUGCUUUUUAUUUUUUUUUAUACUUAUUCACAAGAAUAAUGUUUACAGUCGCAAUGACUUGAGGUGGUUAAUAAAUAUGCAAGAAUAUGUGUGCCUGUCAUAUCAAAUCUAAAGUGAAUAAUGCAUCACAUAGUGUAAAACGUAACGUUUUCCUUGAACAAAAUGGUGAAUCAUGCUGGUCUCUCCAUGAGAGCUCUCCACGUAGAUUUGGAAAAUAAAUGGAUAGUUUACUAUAUGAUAUUAUGUUAAGAAGAACUUUGUGAAUUCUAACUUAAAUUUAAUUACAUUUCAGGUAAAGUUUUUACAGUAACUGUAAUCUCCUUUCUUUUUUGCUCAUAAACUUUUAUCCCUAAUAAAUAUGACAGUCUUAUGUUUUGAGAAGCAAGGCGAUACAUAUUUAUAACCAGAAGAAUCACAGAAACAAGAUAUUAGAAAACAUAAAACAAACAUUUUAAUGGCAAAUUGUCUAGCUAUUUCUUUUUAUUAAACAAUUUUAUUUAACUUGACUCCUCUGUCUGUUUGUCUCUGUCAAAUCUUGCAACUGAUUUUAAACACUAGGGUCUGUGUGUUCAGUUCCUCAGAGCAAUUUGAUUGAUCAGUUUAGCUUUGGUGACGCAACAAAAGAGCAAGUGUAAGUGUGAGACGCACA